CAAGAUGCUUACGUGGCAAAAAAAAUUUAACUUUGGUAUUGAGUCCAUGAGUGCGGAAUACGCACCAUGUAUCCUAUAGAGAAGUUUCCUCUUCUCUGCAGUCCUGGUCCUCCUGGAACAAUCCUUCUCUUCUUCACUUCUUCUGGUUUUAUCUCUAUAAUUCGCCACUGAAACUCUUCGUCUCCGUCUUCCUAUUGAAUCUUUAGAAUUUCUUCCUUCAAUCUCUUCAUCGGACUCUCAGAUUGGAAACCUCUUGUGAUUUUCGGAACGAUAUCAAUGAAGGGGGAGGUGCAGCUAGAACUGGCGGGUGAGCGAAGUGCAAAUGAUUCCGAUCCCCUGCUUGGGAACGAGGCCGACUCGUCGACGGGGAGUUCAAACGAAAUAAAGGAUGAAGAGAUCGAAGAUGCUUCGGCGGCUUGUUGUCGUAUCUGUCUGGAGUACGAUGGUGAACCAGUUUCUGGUACAGGUGAAGAAUUAAUAUCUCCUUGCAUGUGCAAAGGAACCCAGCAGUUUGUUCAUCGUUCAUGCCUCGACCAUUGGCGCUCAGUGAAGGAAGGAUUUGCUUUUUCUCAUUGCACAACAUGCAAGGCACAAUUCCAUCUCCGUGUUGAAUUCCUUGAGGACUAUUCUUGGCGUAAAAUAAAAUUUAGAAUUUUUGUGGCAAGGGAUGUUCUGCUCGUGUUCUUGGCAGUUCAAACUGUGAUUGCUGCAAUUGGUGGCUUUGCAUACUUCAUGGACAAAAAUGGGAAUUUCCGGAAUUCAUUCAAUGAUAGUUGGGACCGUAUACUUUCAAAACAUCCAAUACCCUUUUACUACUGUAUUGGUGUAUUAGCAUUCUUUGUGCUGCUGGGGUUUUUUGGGCUCAUACUACAUUGCUCCUCAUUCAAUAAUAACGACCCAUGCAUGGCUGGCUGUCGGAACUGUUGUUACGGAUGGGGCAUUUUGGACUGCUUCCCAGCUUCUAUGGAAGCGUGCUUUGCCCUGGUUAUCAUCUUUGUCAUCAUCUUCACCAUAUUAGGCAUUGCCUAUGGUUUUCUUGCUGCCACCAUGGCCAUCCAGAGGAUCUGGCAGAGACAUUACCACAUCCUGACAAAGAGAGAGCUUACAAAGGAAUAUGUAGUUGAGGAUCUUCGUGGGUGUUAUACACCACCAAAGCUCGACUCAGAGCAUGAAGAGCGUCUAAAAUUACUUAAGCUCCUGUAGACAGAGAAGCUGGUUGAAGAGAUCGCUUGGUGAGGACAAUGUCUUGUUCCUUUUUACAAACAUGUGAAAUAUCAUUUAUGUGCCUUUUAAUGUAUGACAACCAGUCAGGAAUGAGAAGAGAAAUUUUUAGCAUUUCUUCGGAUGAUGUGGCUGAAAUGUGAAUAAUUUUUUUGUUCUUUCUUGCUUAAAAGUCAUUGCAAGAUUACUGAACUGAAUCUAGCAAAAUUGAAAAUUAAUCGGAAAUGAUUUCCUUCA